UUUCAAGGCUGAGCUUAUGUUAUUUAUUAGCCUAAGGAACACACACAUCCGAGAAGCCACACCUUGCUGUCGCCUUGGCUAGAUGCCAGCGAUGCAACAGCGUGGCGGACACGCAAUCUGAAAUCCUACACUGGCUUUUUUUUGUUGGGAUGGGCUGAGAGGCGGUGUUGGGCAUGGCUGACGAUGGCGUUCAUAAGCCACGGAGGUCCUGAAAAAGCAAAGAGGGCUUACAACGAGGCCAUGGCUUAGGGCUGUUCUAGCUCAUGCGUUAACGGAUUCAAUCUGUGUACAUAUGAUCACACGAAUGGCCUUUUUCGUGGUCUGUAUUCCCUUUCAUUCACAACAAACCUUCUAUUACCUCUAGGUACACAAUGAAGUCGGCAUUUGUCACUGCAGUGGCUAUACUUCUAGUAUCGUACUCCCAUGUUACAUCGGCAACGACUUCUCCGUACUGUCCAAAAAGCCAAAAUGUAUGUUUCCGCUGGGGAGUGCCGGAAGCAGCCGCAGCGUCAGGCUCUGGAGAUGUAUACUUCCAGAUCCAGGCUCCAACCACCUACCAGUGGGUGGCGCUCGGGAUCGGCUCAAGAAUGGCGGGGGCCGAGAUGUUCUUGGUUUACCAGGAUGGCAAGGGAAAUGUGACACUGAGCACAAGGACAACCUCGGGGCAUUCCAUGCCGCAAUAUACAAAAAGAAGCGGAGUGACGCUCAUCGAUGGAUCGGGCGUUGCCAACAAAACGAUGAUAGCUAACAUCAGGUGUGGUGACUGUACUGGGCUGGACCUCUCUGGUUCCAAUUCUUGGAUCGCGGCUUGGAAGGAGGGUAGUGCACUCGACUCGACGAGCCUCUCAGAAAUCAUCCAACAACACGACGACUAUAACAUUUUCGACGUAAACUUUGCACAAGCGACUUUCAGCUCGACCGGAAACCCCUUUACGAACUCGGCCAGUAGCAAUGGAUCUGGCAACGCGGUUGAUUCAGGGUCGAGCGGGAACGACGACCGCCUCGCGAGUGCUCAUGGAGUUAUAAUGGCGAUCGUGUUCGUCAUUGCAUACCCGGUUGGGGCUCUCCUUAUGCCCCUCCUCGGAAAAUGGCUCGUUCAUGCCACCUGGCAGAGUCUUGCCUUCUUGGCCAUGUGGGCUGGCUUCGGUAUUGGCUUCGUAAUUUCUCGACAUGAUGGUUCCUGGGGACACGAGAGUCACACGAUACUCGGUGUCAUCGUCUGUGCAUUGUUGAGCAUCCAGCCCAUCCUAGGGUGGGCACAUCACAGGCACUACCUCAAACACCAACAACGAGGACUCGUCAGCCACGCCCAUAUUUGGUACGGUCGAGUUCUCAUGGGUCUUGGGAUUAUAAACGGAGGAUUAGGGUUACAGCUCGCGAGUGCCCCGGUGAAGUACAUAGUUGUGUACUCUGUCGCGAGUGGGAUUAUUGCCAUUGUGUACCUUGCUGGUACAGUGCUGGCGUUACGUCGCAAGUCACAGCGCGGGAAAGGACUUACCUCGGCCAGGUCGGCCAGUGAGUAUGGAUUUCUAGAGCCUGAAGAACACUCAGACUCGAUGCAACCCCAGGACGAGUGGUUAAGGAUGCAGGAGGUCGAUGUACGCCAUUGA